GUGAAAAAAGCCACACGGCGGACAUUACUGUAGGCGCGUAUGUGGGCGGUUGUUGGUAGAUUAAGCGAGAAAUAUGGUGCUGUAUACUGUGCCCCCUUCUGUGUCUGCCAUCCUGUUAGAUAUUGAGGGAACAACCACCCCAAUCACGUUUGUGAAGGAUGUUCUUUUUCCUUUCAUAAAGGACAAUGUUAAAGAUUAUCUUCGGGACCACUGGGAGGAGGAACAGUGCCAGGAGGACGUGAGACAGCUUAGAAAGCAGGCUCAGACGGAUUCCCACCUUGAGGGACAUGUACCUAUCCCUUGCUUGUCAGAGAAUCAAGCAGACACAGAUAGAGUAAUACAAGGAGUAGUUCAUAAUGUUCAUUGGCAGAUGUCCAUGGACCGUAAAACAACUGCCCUCAAGCAGCUGCAGGGUCACAUGUGGAGGUCAGCUUAUGUCACAGGACAAGUGAAAGGAGAGGUAUAUGGUGAUGUUGUUCCUGCUAUUCAGAAAUGGAGAGAAGCUGGAUUGAAAGUGUAUAUAUAUUCCUCAGGGAGUAUAGAGGCACAGAAACUCUUAUUUCAAUACUCUAUUGAAGGUGACCUGCUUAAGUUGUUUGAUGGCAAUUUUGAUACCACUAUUGGACACAAGAUAGAAAGUGAGAGUUACCAAAAUAUUGCAAGAAGUAUAAAGUGCUCUGCUGAGAACAUUCUAUUUCUGACAGAUGUAACUAAAGAGGCAAAAGCUGCCAAUGAAGCAGGUGUGCACGUGGCAGUAGUAGUAAGACCUGGGAAUGCUGCAUUGACAGAUGAGGAAAAAUCUAGCUAUCACCUUAUCACGUCCUUUAAGGAGAUUGCCCUUUCCAUCAGGCGGUAAUCCCAAGAGAUAUGUUGCAAUCCAGAAUAGUGUUUGGAGAUCGGAGGCUAUCUUGUAGAAUAAAAUUAUCAAAAAUAA